CGAGUUAAGUUUGAGUUGAGUUUGGCUUAGAAAUCACUCGAACUCUCCGAAACUCCCACACACAUUCACAAGAAGAACCCACCAUUAACCCAAAUAUUCUCUCUCACAAUUUUCGCCAACACCAAGGAUUAUUUCCAGUGAGUUCGAUUCAUCUCCCGCCUUCCUCUCUCCCUCUCUCUCUCUCAAAUUAAUAUAUAUCUUUGGUUUGAGAUGCACUUUGCUUUCUCCAACUAACUUAUUUCUGGAUCCAGAUUCGCUCAAAUUACGAGGUACAGGUAUUAGUUUGUGAGUAGGUUUUUUUUACUCCCGUUAAUCUUUGCUAAUUAAGAAGUUCUCUAGUAGAGUUAAGAAGCCUAGCAGAACAGUUGCCACCUAAUUUGAGUCAAUAGGCCACAACCCUUGUAUCAUUUUUCUUCUAUUCGUCGACCAAGGUUGCUUAUAUUUUUUUAUGGUGAUGGGAACAACAUACUUAUGGGAUUGUUUCAAUGGGCUUAAGUUAUUUCCAUAUCUCUUCAGCUAUAUGAAGGCGUAUGCUCUGGAGUUAUUGUCAGGUUGUAAAUGGCAAAAGGCAGCAGGGGACGUCAGAGGAUCAGUUCACGGCAAUUCAGAUCAGCUCCCUACCAUCUGCGCUUUGAUCAGGAUAUCAUGGAGGAUUUCCCUGCCAAGAAUUGUUCCAAAAUUGUAGAGAAAAAAGAUUGGGAAGAUGUAACAUGCUCUGUAUGCAUGGAGUUUCCUCACAAUGCUGUCCUUCUCCUCUGCUCUUCUCAUGACAAGGGUUGCCGACCUUACAUGUGUGGGACUAGCUGCCGAUAUUCUAACUGUCUUGACCAAUACAAGAAAGCUUACACUAAAGUUAUAUCUAGUGGACGAAGUAUUCAUGGCUCAGUUGAUAAUCCUAUUGUAAUACAGGAUUCUAGCCCGGGUAUUGAGAACAGUGAAAUCACAGAGCUGGCAUGCCCCCUUUGCAGGGGCCAAGUGAAGGGAUGGACUGUGGUUGAACCUGCACGAGAAUAUUUAAAUGCCAAACAGAGAAGCUGUAUGCAGGAUGAUUGCUCAUUCCUCGGGAACUACAAGGAGCUGAGAAGGCAUGUCAGAGCAGAGCACCCUUCUGCACGACCACGUGAAGUGGAUCCUGCUCUGGAGCAGAAAUGGAGAAGACUUGAGCGGGAGCGGGAACGGAAUGAUGUGAUGAGCACCAUAACAUCAACCAUGCCAGGGGCAAUGUUUUUCGGGGACUAUGUAAUUGAAGGAAACAAUUAUGGAUUUGAUUCAGAUGAAGAGGGUGGUGUAGAUGCAGGGGCUGCAGAAAGGAACGAGGGUUAUGAGAUGGGUUUUGACAGUAAUCUUGUGAAUGUCUUUCUUUUACUGCACGCAUUCGGGCCGUCAGGCGGAGAUGAAUUCAAUAGAAGGAUGCCUCAGCCUCGAUUGCCCUUCCACGAGACAGCAAAUGGUAAUGCUGUUGGCAUUCGGCAUACGACCCCUGUAGGUGGCGCAGAAUCCUCUGAUCAAGAUGAUGAUAAUGAUGACAGUAACGAUGAAGGUGGUGGCGGUGGCGGCGGUGAUAUGUCGUUGGCCAACCGCCUUCGACGACAAGGUAGGGUGUUAUUGGGACGCUCUGGUAGGAGACGUAGACGAAGAUACAUAAAUGGUGGCCUAAGAUGAUACCAAGAAAAAAAAUUGGUAAAAGGUGGGAGGAAUGGGGAAAACUUUGGUAGGUACAUAAUUUUAGUUGACACAUAAAAGAAGAAUAAACUAAAAAGGAUUUAAUUUCUCACAUCAUGAGGGGUUGGUUCUCAUUGGAAUUGCUGGGGAGAAGAGAAACUAAGGAUAUAUGGGCUGAUUAAUUUUCCCUCUGUUUAUGUAUGAUACAUUUUUUUUUCUACUGUUUAAUUUUUCCUGUUGACCUUGCAUCAUCCUCCUGUUAAAAUGAUUUAGCAGAUCUGUGUAUUAAAUUUACCUCUGUAAUCGUAUAUUUUAUUUACUUUCACCUCACAGUGAAUGUGAGAAUCAUUGGAUAAUCAUCCAUGUGCAAUUGUGUUAUUCUUACUUUAUUUUCCUGUAUUAUGCACAGGGAAUUCUAUGUAUCAUUCAUGCCUUGUUUGAAUGAAAGAUUCAUAGACUUGCUUUUAA